AUGACAGGCAAUGUUUCCAUCCCACCUACUGAACGCCCUGCAACGGAAAAUUUCAUUUCCGGUCCCUUUGAAAUUCCCACUGGCCUGCAAUUUCUUGUGAAGUCGACAGAAGUUCGGGUUUACCGUGUGCCUGUUGAAGAGCAAAGUACAUUGACCCUUGUUUGUUCUCUUGGCUAUCUUUGGAUUUUUUUAAAAACUGAGACUUCAGGGACAACGCCCUCUAGAGCCACUUUUGACAUGGAGAUACAACUUUCUAUACUACUAAUUAUGCAAGAUUGGCAGCUGAUUAAUUUGGCCAAAUACACAUUCUAGGAGAUUUAAAAGCCGGAAAAAUGUAGGCGCCCAUCUUUAGGGAUUUUAUAAGCCACCUGACGCUCUCAGUAUCUGUAUAUGUACAGACGGCUGUCGAGCCUAGGUAUAUUUCUUAACUGGUUUAAUCCCAGUGGAAACAAGCCAUUCAUGGUAUCAUAUUACUUAUCUUUAUCAUCAGAGUCUUUAAGGACCCACCUUACUUUCUGUUCCCCUUACUUUAUUAUUCCCUUCUGAUCACUACUUCUAGACUAGGCCCUUAUCCAAAUGCAAUAAUUAUUUGUGACCCAUUAAUAACAGAAACCUUCUCCGUUGCUUUCUUGAUUUCUACCCAUUGCAUUUUCUGUUAUCUAGGCAGAUGCUGUUAUGCCUUUCCACGGCGCUACUUUGUUACUGAUCCCGAAGGCCACCCGAUCCUUGAGGGUUUUGAACAGAGCAACUGGUGGAUGCGACUCUGUUGUGAAUCCUGCCACACUUUUGAGGUUAAUUUCCACGACAUGCAUGGCAAUACUGUGCUAAGCAUGGAGAAGGCUUCAGGUUGUGCGCCCUUUGCUCUUUGUCAUCCUUCAGUAAGUUUUCAGAGUUUGGUAGUAUUUACUGCCUAUCCCGGACGCUUCCUUAAACUCUUAAGCCUCGCUAAUGCGAUUUCCCAUGCCUUUGGCAGGCAACUAAGAUUACGAGGGUGCUUGCUGACUUGUGUAAUACGAAUUAAGAGUUUUGUAAUAAACGUCACAGUUUAUGAGGAAAAAUCGCUAAACACACCCAACUUCGGUCUAUCUAAACCUCCCUGCUAGCACCAGUCCCCACCGGCCCCGUCAAUCCCCCUCCCCGUUUCUGCGUUUUUUAAAUACUGAACAUGUCCAAUUUGAAAUAUCCUUAUCUGCAUAUGCACUUUGAAUUUAUUAACCUACUAUUUUGGUCCCCAACAAAGUACACCUGAUCCAUAUUAUCCCCUACGCGCUCUUACAAUCGUUUUUGCCCUGUAUAUUUUACGUAGUCCUUAUAAUGGGGGGAUCUGCUUCUCUCGUGGCAAACGCAACUGUGGCAAAAACAUUUGUAAGCCUUAUCUUUCAUAUAAUUAUGUCAGCACAAGGGACUGACGUAUGAAUGAGAGGCACAGUAAAUCAAGUGUUUUCAUCAUCACGUGAUAUUUUUACAUCCAAAGAUUUGUCCAGCGUAAAUCAGUUCAAAUGGAAAAUUUGUUUGAACAAAGCAUGAUUAACGUCAAGGAAAAUUACCACAUACAUCGGAGGCAUUCCGUGCCCGUUAAGUUUCCUGACACAUGCUCAGAUAGAUCGAUUCGAUGGCCAACAUAUUGUGGGUAGGUGGACUGGGAUUAACGAGAAUAUGCUGGUACUACAAACCGGCUUCAGUGCGAUGGAUUCGGAAGUGACCAAAUGGGUCGAUGCGCGAGUCCACUGCACGAUGGUAGUAAGAACAUUUUGAGACUGUACCUACAGGGCUAUCGAUAAUCGUGGUGGUAGAACAUACUGGUGAUGGGAAUGAUGAAUGUGUUGCAACAGCAUUGGUGUGGACACCAGAAACUAUUUCAUCAGUACAUUUGCAAGUGACCGACAAGAUUGAUGCACGAUUUAAAGGUGCAGUUGGAAUAGGAAUUAUUCAUAACUGACUCCGCAUUGCCGAUGAAAGGGCGAUGACGGUGAUAGCACACAUGUUAGUUUGAAUGCUCUUAUUUGUAAGGUUGUUGAUUGGUGAGCGGUCUGAUAAUACUGACAUUGCACUGUCUCCAAAACAUGUCCUGAACGUCAUUUCAAAUACGGGCAUAUUGGUUAGCGUUCGUUGGUACCGCGUUGACUCACGGUUAGCAUUUGGUAUUUGAGAUUAGCGCGCUUCAUAGAUUGCUGUGGUUUUCGCAGCAGUUUGUCACGCUGGCCGUUUACAUACUGAACAACCUCAGGUCUCCAGGUUGAUUUGUAGGUGUAAGGAAGACGUCUUUUUUAAUGCCCUUGUGUCGACGAUUUCCCGCUCAUCUACGACUAGCCGUAUCAAUAUCGCCAUGAGCAAGUGAUUAUCUUCCAGCUAAUCUACAGGGCCGCACCAACGAGGCUGCAGCUGCCCUAGCAUAGCGAAGAUACAAAGAACGUCGGUUCUUCAUAGGCCACCAGUUUCUGGGAUCCUUUCCUACCACUUCAACAAUAUUUUCUGGCAGCGAAGCGUAGUCAGGACAACCGCCUUGUACAGCAUCAGUUUUGUGAUGGUUCUGCAGUUGCUCUAGUUGGCGUCCUUUUGCCAUCCGAUGUCCAGCUGUCUUAAACCUUCGUCUUCGACCUUGAUGUUUUUUGAAACUGUAUUCACCUAAGCACUCCAGUUUUUUUACUACGAUAUACGGGUGCUCACCGGUCGCGCUACGGAAAUCACUAGUUCGAUUGUGCCUUGAGGGUCUUUUCCAAGCCCCACCAGCGGGCACACGGUUGCGCCGGUAAUAUAGGUGGUAUAGUAUCGCCAACAAAGAGAAAGGAGACUAAAAUGGCCAUUUUGGCUUAUUAACCGUUGUCAACUAGCCAUACUCAACUCCGAGGUUCGCAGCACCUGGGGCUCGAUCCCCCGACCCGUUGGUUAGAAGUCCAGCUCCCCUAACCACUGAGCCACGGACUCGUCCGUUGUCGUUGCGGAGGUUCCAUUAACACUGAUUCUGAGUUCGUCUUUGUAACCAGUCGACGCUACUUAGUUAAUGGUCAGUGCCUUUUUCGUGUUGAGUGUUAGUCCUACGUAGAAGCAUCCGGACGCAAAGAUGUCUCUACUUCUUUGCAUAACCGCUUUCGUCUUGAUGUUUGUAGGGCAAUCAUCGGUGCACAAUAGGUCGCGGAAAUUUGCCUUGAAUACUUCCGAGAGAGCUCGCAAGCGCCGGAUGUUAAGCAGCUGUCCAUCCGUUUUGUUGACUACGCUGAUUUCCGAUCGAUUCACACGAUAUAGGUAUUCAUUGGCAUGACAUAAAACAUAAGAGUGGUAACGAGUGCACAACACUGUUCCGCCAUAUUUUUUAGUUCGAAUGCUUCCAGAUUGCCUUAUUGUCUGUGGCUUGAGCCAUCAUUCCAGUGGGAAGUUGCCACACUAGUUGUUUAAAAUGCUCCGAACACCCAAAUUGCAGCACUAUUUUCCUGAGUUCAUCAUGGUCUCCUGUAUCGAAGACUUAUCAAAUCCAUAAAGAUGCUGUGCAGUCUGGAUCACAUUUUCCUACAUUCAUCUUGAAGUUGGCGGGAAGCGAAUAUUAUAUUGAUCGUUUUUCCCUUCCACCGGAAUCCAAAUUGACUUUCAGAAAGAAGUUCUUGCUUCAGAAAACGGCUCAGAUGGUUGAGUAGGACGCAGGCGAAGGUUUCAUCUGCGAUGUUGAGAAAGUAGAUUCCUCUUUGGUUGUCAUAGCUUCGUAGGUUCCCCUGCAUUUGCAUAAGUGAACGAUGAUGAUGUUUUUGGAGCCCUGGAGGGAUUUGUUCUUGCCGCAACAUCUCAUGAAAUGUGAGAUACGUUUGUCCAUCAGCUGGGAACGAAUGCGUCUGUGGAUCUCAGUUUGAGUCGGCGACCCGUGCCUUUUCGUUGGAUACUUUAUGCACCUCGCUGAUGGUUGCUUGCGGAAAGGGCGGACGGUCGAGACCGGUGCUGAUGACGUCAUCGGACACUGCAAAUGGUCGAUUACGGGCACCUCUAAAUUGUUCCACCUAGUGCUCCAGAAUUUCUGAUUUCUCCGUCGGAAUGUCGUUCCAUCAGAAUUGAACACUGACACAAUCUUUUUGACUUGAGGAAGUAGAUUACUUUGAUCGACACGCAGAAAUCCCCGAUUGUUGUGACGACCAGUGAAAUGGUCGACGUCACUGUGUCUCAACACUUGCUUGGGUUUCCAGGGUUUCUUUUUUUCGAGGUGCAGAUUCGGACGACUGCUCCACUGCAGUUAGUGAUCAUUCCUAUCCAGUAUUUUACAUGCCUGGUGAUCGCUUGUAUUGUGGAAGUCUGUGAAGUUGUAGCUGCAUCCUCCUCGCGGAGUUGGCAAAGCGGUAAUCCGUCUAGCACCAUAUAUCGCCCAUAUGUCACGCUGAUCACGCCUGCAAACGAUGGCGUAGUCCGGCAGCUAUCCCUUGCUUCCUCUGGUCAAUCUGUACUUGAACGAAAUACCACGUCAACUCCAGGCAGUACUUUUUUUAAAAAACAAUGCCACUAACAUUUUGCUUGGGUGCCAUUUAAAUAGCGGCCAUUUCUAAGAAUGUGUGUACGAGUGUAGACAACAGGGUUUUACUAGAUAAACUGAAAUUUUCAUUGGCGCGAGGGAGGGUGCAACAGCUUAGUCUUCUGUCAUAUCGGGAGGUGGAAGGUGUUGGUCAGGAGGACUGUGUUCUCUUCGGAGGGCUAUUACCGCUGCACCUGCUUAUUCCGUGGCCCCCUGACGCCCCGUGGUCUGCACCGCCGCGGUCACUGAAGUCACCAAGGGGAGUUGGUUUGCCCGCCUUCGACAGAUUUGCAAGGAGGGCCUGCAGGCCUUCGCAGGAUUUAGUUCUUACGCUUGGGAAUUGCGAAGAGUAGCCGCUGAUGAACGCGGCGGACUUGAUCAUGCGAUUGCGGUUUCAUUGUCACUAGAGGAUCGUUCAUAACCUGUAGAAGGCAGGACAGCCGUUUCACGACGUUCUUGGCAGCAAAAGUGACUCCGGUGUCUCGUUGCUUGGCUUUUGGGCGCCCACUCAGAAAUAUGCUUAUCCUGCUUCUACUUUCUCCAAUUAUUCCUGUUCGGAGUGGCGGUUAUCACUGAGAUCAACACUCCGUUUCGCGACAAGUCAGUUCCUGGGCUGGCAGGUCUCUCCUUCUUUUCGGCCGGUCUGCCAUUACAUUGUCCAAAAGCGAUCAAAUGUUCCGGACUACCAUAGUGCACAGUGUCACUCUGGUGCUCUCUAGGAAGACGCGCUGAAAGGGAUGGGUUUGUUGUGUCUCAUCGUUUUUUGGACUCAUGUUUUACGGCCAUGAGCUUCGGACAGUUUGCCAGCAGUCUGUUUGUCAGCAUUUUAACUGCACAUUUUGUAGUUAAUUCACUCGUAGAGGGGGUGAGCAGUGCUCCCAUAACCAGGACUUCUGCGACAUCCGGGGUGGAUUCCGAGCUGCGCUGUGUGUCGCGAUGCUGUUAUAGAGGGAAGACGGCCGGAUUUGCUGAUUCGCGAACCGGAGUGCAUGUCACUCUCCCUGGGACUUUUUGAUUGUGGACUGCAGAGGGGUGGGUUCUAGUUGAGGGACUACCGUGUGCGGCGACAAACACACACACACACACACCGGACGCCUUCAUUUGGUCAAACGCAUCAGUCAACAACAGUUAUCGAGAUUUGGUCACCGUGAUGAACACGGCUUCGUAGAGCCGCAGGUAGAAUAUGCGUGUCGAUAUGAGUUGAAAUAGGAAUAUCUACCGGGUUCAUCGAUACAAUUUAUGGGGUCAGCCAAUAUGUUGUCUACAGGUGCCCAUCUUGGACGUAGUCGCGUCCUCUCUAAUCGUCCUGAAUGGUGUUGCGGAUGUUACCUCUUCGUGCGUGGCGAUUUCCGGUUGUGUGUGCAGCAGGGUAUCUCUUUCAAUGUACUGUCUUCCAACCGCACUAAGUUCAGGUUUUUGAGCUGUGUAGUAGGUCGAACACUGUUCGACUUAUUGUUCGCGUCCUGCUAAGACAUUCACGAGGGGCCAGUGAAACGUCGGGCAAACAACAAAAGCACCCUAUCCUGGUGAUCCCGAAGUCCUUUUUUAGCAAUGUUCAAACUGCCCCUCGACUUGUCGUUUGUGUUUGUCGAUCUGCUUUUUGCUUUCAUUCUGGCGUCGUUUGUGCGGACUGUUUGGCCGUCCUGAACGACGAUGUUCAUCCUGUGUCAUACGGAGGAGUGGGCACAGUACGGUGACUAACGCGUGGAUUGCUUUUUAGUGAGGAGGGCUCGCAAAGCAUCUACCACACUCUCCUCAUCCACCCAGCUCCGACGACACAACAGACCGACCGGAGGGGGGCUUGGGCGCGAUGGCCGACGACUAAACGACCCGUCUACGCGUGCGAAACGCGAGUCAGCUUUCACAGAGGGUGACGCGGAGCUCACAUGUAUAAGAGUGUCGUAGAGGACACCUUCGGAAGGUACCGUGGGGCCCGACUCAGUUGGUAGUCUUCUGCGCCACUAAGCAGCGCGUUGGAUUUGUUAUUGUGAGGAGCGCUCUGACGCGCCGUGGGGAUGGAUUCCCCAAUAUUGACCUCACCCUCCUCUUCGCUCUCUCCUGAACCAGUCGGCUGCAUGACCCUAUCAGUCAUCUGGUGCUGGGAUCGGCCGCAGUAACUGUCAUGGCGUGAAGCCAACGCCUAGACGUGCCAAAACAUCCUCCCCCAUGCCUGGGAGUAGUUAUAGCCUCGCGUGGAUUCUCCGUUGUUCGAUUAACGCGACCCGUAAUCCGAUCUGGCCCCCUUCUUGGGGACAAUGUUGAUCACCCCAUAAGCCAGAAACGUAAUUGCGUAAGGAGACUUUACCCCUGCACCAAGAUGAAUUGUGCUAAACCUGAAGAUGAAGUUGGUAAAUUCCCAUUGUUACGACGGGUGCCUGGAACUUAUAACUCCUCCUCACGGAUCAUCUCAGCAAGCAGACUCUACUACUCAUAGUGUUAUUGCGGAAGAGAAGGUGAUAAGCGUCCACCAACCUACCAGUACUCUGUGACUUUCCAGACGUACGUGCCAUGCCAGCUUUUCAAUCAGCUCUCCAGAUAUUGCGUGAAGUCGAUGCUUACGCAGUAUUAAAAGAUUGUCGGUUGGGUUUUGUGGGAACACCUUGGUAGAGGAGAUUGAAGACUUUUGAAUUCGACUUUUGGGGUUAACCAACCCAAAAAUUAUUGAGGGAUAGUUUCUAUUCCAAACGUUUAGAUAGCUUGAGAGCCAUGAACGCGAGCAUUAUAGUUCACGUCAUGUUCCGGAUCAGCCUCAUCAUGCUAACGACUAAUUACUCUAUGCCCUCCUCUAACGUCCAUUGGACAGUAGCAAACAGCGGAAUAUUAACUAGCCACUAACCAGUCUGGCGAGACUACGCUUCGCGCAUGGCAGCCAUUUGUCAGGCAUCACAACGACAAAAAAAUCCCAUUAGAGUCUCGUGUGGAAUCGCACACGCAUUUUAGGGUGUGCCAGCAACGUCUAUCUUUCCGGGUUUCUGGAUAUAGGCUCUGGUGGUUGCUUUGAGCGAGGUUUCGACGCACGUUGCCUCUCUAGCGCGGUUCAAAGUAGCGUUAGUGCCCGACUCUAGAACCGGCGCUUCUUGACUCUGAACCAAGAGCAUGCGUAGACGCCAAAGGCCCCUAACCGCUUCCUCAUUCGUCAGGCGUACAGUUGCGCGAAAUCACUUAUUUCCCAUUGGUUCAUGGGUGGCCGUCGAGGUCAGUGGUCCCUUUCCUGCGGGUCUAAAUCGUAUUUCCCACACAUACAGUAGAUGUGCUAACUCUGGAAAUGUUAACCGGAGUUCUGAAAUACGUUUUCGGCUCGUAGGGUUGUAAUACUAAUUACCGUGCAGUAACAUCCCAAGAUAUUUCAGCUACUUCGGAAUGCCGGCUUUUGGACGAACUUCUCGGCCGCCUGCAAAAACCACACUGUAAAAACGACUACUUAAGUUGUAUGGUUUUUCCUCGUUGAUUUUCGACGUCCUUAUAAAUGCAAAUAUAUUUUAUAAAAAACAUGCAUUAAAAUAUUCAUUCUUUUACUCAUUUGGUAGCUAAUUACGCCUUCUUUACAUUUUUUACUUGAGGGGAGGGUAUAAUUCGGUUUUAAAGAACCUUUCCAGUUCCCGAAUAAUUUUGAACCCGACCUCCCGUUACACUUACACUCAGGGUUUCCAAACUACAAACUGUACAUUUUCCGUGUACGGAAAAUCAAACAUUCCUAUACGCUGUUAAGAAGAGACCGUGCGGGGUUUGUAAAAUCUCGCAGUGAGUUUGAACCGUAUUGUAAACUUUAUAAGUAGCAUUAGUAAACGCGGCGACACGAUGUUUUAUGAACGGGCAUUUCACGGUCAUAAAAGAUCUCAUAACUAGAAACUUUAUUAAACCGAAUUAUACCCUCCCUUCAAGUGCAAAAAUUAGAAGGCGUAAUUAGCUACCAAGUGAGUAAAAGAAUGAAUAUUUCUAAUGCGUGUUAUCUAUAAAGUAUACUUGAAUUUGUAAGGGCAUCGAAAAUUAACGGAAAAGAAAUCAUGCUGCUUAAGUAGUCCUUUUUAUGAAUUGUAGUUUUUGCAGGCAACCGAAAAGAAAUUAGUUCAAAAGCCGGCAUCCAGAUGGAACUGAAAUAUCUUGAGAUUAUUCUGCGCGGUAAUCAACAUUACAACAUUAUUUAAGUAAUUUUUCGAGUCGAAAACGCAUUUCAGAAUUUCAGUAAACAUUAGCACAUCUACAGCAUAUUGUCAUUUUUCGCCAACUGAGCAUUUGUCCGGCGAGUAGUGUAUAAGUUUUUAUUUGCUCCGCUGAUCCCUGUUCACAGUUUCGUUUUAUCCUCUCACCCUUCAGACAAUUUCUGUCGCCUCCGGAAGUCAGAACUAUGGCUCCGUGUCCCAGACACGCUUCCUUCCUUAUAUGAACUUGGCCUUCCAAGAUAUGAAUGACAAUCCCCAGUUGCGUCUGGUUGGUCCAUCAAUGCGACGAAGCAAAUUUAUCAAUGACAUCUUCAAAGUAGGCUAUUUGGAUAACCGUUUCUUUUGAACAUUGACUCAAUGGUCGCCUUGGUGGGUUGUCGAUAACCCUAAAUUCAAAAUACAAAUACCAUAAUAGUGACUAUUUUGACUUAACUAAGCUCACUUAUUUCUUUUCGUACUAUUCUCGUAACUGUCCGUUUUUCUUGAUUCGAAGAGCCUCUAUGUAGAAAGGAAAAUUUCCACCUACCUAGAAUUUCUCGGAAUACUAAUUUUUAAUUUCCUAAGUCAAUGAUAUAUUCUCUUGUAUUGUGGAUUCAUUACUAGUCUGAAGUCAAAUGGCGACACCGUUUUUAUGCAGUCUCUUUGCUCCUUUUCUCGCCACUUUCCUUUUUUCUGCGCUGGUGUGGGUGACGGUCUAAAGGGGUCCAAUUGCGUCAUUUCAACUAUAAGGGUCAAAUCAUCUGAAAGCGUCAUGCUAAAAUUGCUUGAGCGUCCGACUACGCAGUUAGUAACUGGUUUUUAGGAGCGUUCGUUCUUCGGCCUGCAAUCCAGCAAUCCUCCCUUCAAUGCGAUUGUCCGAACUGACGCAAGCAUAAAAUGAAGUGUUAACCCCACUGUCGCAAUUCUGACCUGAUGUCUCCCUCCCCCUCCUCCAUUCCUGCCAUGACUCAAGGUAGGGCCUUCUGUUCACCAGAAGUUGAGAGUUGCGGAGCUUGGGAUGCAAUUUUUCCAAGCAUUUAAGGUGGAGGCUGAUUUGCAGUUACUUCCUUGGCUCUCAAAUCCAGCCUCUCAGUCUUGCUUGACGCCUCUAGCGUCGUCCUAUACAAAAGUUCAGCAAAUUCCACGAAUUACAAGGCCAUCGAGUUCCGUCGACGUUGCCCUGACUGCUCAGAAGCAGCUACCUUGCAUUUUGUUUCAAAAACUGUUUUGUAGCAUGUCGAAUACGGUUGGCAAUGCAUCCCCUACGUAGCAAUAACCAACGGGACGCGUAUCCUCUGGUUAGUUAGCUCCGCCACUUUCAGGCAGCAUCACUUAUUUUACGCGUAACUUUGGAGACUCCUGGUUGCAUAAGUUAGAUGCAGCAAGUUGAGAAACUUAGAAAGUGAAGUGUUUUAACAUGCACUGCUUCGAAGGGUCUUCUUUCAUCACCCCAAAGAAAACUGUCUUGAAUAUGACACAAGGCUAUGUACUACCCGUACUACAGGUGGCCUUGCGUUCACUUCCAGGACGGUAAGGCUAGGAGUUUUAACGCCAGGUCUAGAUUUAAAGUUGGAACACAGGAAUUGAUAUCUUUGGAAUUCAACACAACGCCACCUGUAAUACGGGGAAUCCAUAUUCCCAUAUCCAACCCCCUCGUGUCUCAAGUGAACAGGCUUAAAGCGAAAGUCAGAGCCCAAAGAGGCAACUGCGGAGCGAUCGUUGUGGUGAUUGUCGGAGAAAGUAAUCGGGUCAGUCACGAGAAAAUACGGGUGGGAGGGGAUUUGGGUCUUAUAUGUGCGAAAAAAUGUAGCAGAUGUCAUUUUCAUCAGUAGGCAGUCGGUUAUGGGAUUUAUCGAGCGGCGCGGGAGAGCGCCGUCCGAGACUAGCGUAUGUACCCGCAGAACUCACCUGGAAGCGUGGGUCUUCGACACUCUGGCGGAGUACACUGUCACAAACCUGAGGGCGAAACUGUUAGAGGGCGGGGAAAGUAGGCACUGGUCGGGUGCGUCAUGUUACACCAGCUGUGGGAAAAUCUCUCCGUAGCAACACUUUUCCUGCAGUUGUCAACCUCAAAAAAUACAGUAACUGUGCUACCUCAUGAGGUGUUGAGCAGAAUUCUGAAAUAUCUAAAUAUCUGGAAUAUUAACUAUCGUGCCACAUAAUGCUAAAAUAGUCAAGUCACGUCAGGAUGCUGGCUUGUGAUCGAGCUCCCCAUAUACCGUCCGCGUGAAAUACAUUCCGUAAAAGCGACUACUUAAGUAGUAUACAUCUUCUUGUUUUUCGAUGCCCUUAUACACACAAAUGUAUUUUAUACAAAACAUGCACAAAAAUGCUCUUUUUUAUACUCAUUUGGUGGCAAAUGACGUCUUCUUCAAACUUCAUCCUGGCGAAAGCUUAUCUUUAGGUUUUUAAAAAGUUUCUAAUUAUGACAUUUUUUCAGACCAAGAAAUGUCCAGUCGUACAGCACUUCAUCAGCACAUUGAUUAAUACUGCCUGUAAGGCGGACAAUGUGGUCCAAGUCCAUUACGGACUUUUAUGAGUCCUAUCUUUCCUCUUCCUAAUAGCAUAUAGAAAUGUGUGAUUUUUUCACAUGAAAAGUCUACAGCCCGUAGUUCGGAAACCCUGAAUGCAAAUGCAUCGGCGGUGGGGGUUCAGAAUUAUUCGGAACUGAGAAAGUUCUUUAAAACCUAAAGACACUCUUUCUUCUUUCUUCGAAGAAGAUGAAAUUUCCUAUCCAACGAGUUAAAGAAAAAAUAUUUUUGUGCUGUUUCCUAUGAAAUAUAUUUGAAUUUAUGAGGGCAUCGAAAAUCGAUUGGAAAAAUUCAUGCUACUUUGGUUGUCAUUUUUUACGGAAUGCAAUUAACGCAGGCGGUCGAUAAGAUGCCUAUUCGUAAGCCGACAUCUUGAUGUGAUUUGAAUAUCUUAACAUUAAGCCAUCUUGCUAUCGGAACACGCCAAGUCUGGAACGUGCGAAGUGAUGCACAUGCGGUGCCUCACUAUGGGCAACUUCACCAGUAAGUCACCACGGCGUCCACUCCGGGCUAGUGCUGCUUCGCAUUGCUUGCGACAGAUGACAUUUCGGUCUUUUAUCUUGCGGAUGUCUGUCCUAUGAGGGCGAGGGACAGAAUCCUUUGGUGCGUCGACUUGCACACUCUUUUCCAUACACAAUUUCUCAAUUCCCUAUGUUUAGACUGAUCAUUUUUGCUCCUAUCCCAUACGUAUAUUCCCUCAAAGGCACUGUUACCGCGUAAAGUCAACAAUCAACCUGUAAUAGACAAGCGAUAGCAAAAGUGUGCUUUUUUCCUCCAUUCACAGGUGUCGUACAGUGAAUGGUAAUUAGGCUGUCAGGUUUAUGUCGUUAUUAUGACUUGGCCGACUUCGGCCUGGUAGUUGUUUGCCUGUUCGUGACCCUUGCCACCCAUACGGUGCUCGUUUGCUUCGGGAAGCCAAUAGAUCGGCGUACGCCCAUUUCUGAUUGAUACGGAUAUUGUUGGCCAUCAACAUAUCCCAGAGUUUCUGGCGGUCAAGCCCUCCAUGGUCAAGUUUUCUUCGGCAUUGGUUCACCCUUGUUAGACCAGUAGUUCGAACACUGCAUGUACUGAGAAAAGUUUGUUUAUUUCCGACGGUGGCAAGAUCUUAUUUCGUAGCCGUACCUGUUAGGGGUUGGGGUCAGGGGUUAAUGUUAGGGUUAGGGGUUAGGGUUAAACCCCCUAUUAUCACUGGUCCCCUUUAACAGACGGCUGGGGCUUGUCUCUGCACGUGCGGCUACGAAAUAAAAUCCGACCCCAGCGGUACACGGGGAAUUUUGUAUGCAGACUGGAAGUCUGAAAGUGCUGUCUGACUUUGUUUUUAUUUACAACAAUACUGGACUGUCAUAAAAUCUACUUUACACUGGAGUCCAUACUUGCCGCAUAUUUCUGAAUAACUACAACUCACCGUCGCCAAAGUCAACAGGGCAAUUAAGCCGCAAAGAGCUUUUGAUUUCUGUGCCUCCAUGCCCGUCCUCCAACUGGCAAACUUAGCCUGCAUUUUGCGCCCGCAUAUUCGCAGGACGCCUCAAUCUGAGGAAAGUGGAAACAUAAAUCGGUUUCAGAUCAAUUGAGGGAGGGGGAGAGACGCUACCGCACUGUACUAUAAUUUCGCAACAACUGGCUUCUUGCAGAAAUGGAACAAAUAGCAACUGACGUGGGCGUGGGAUGUUCGUUGCCAGAACCCAGCUGAUCUCAGGUCUCUUCGUUGAUUUUUGAAUCAAGGACGAUAUCUGGUCCCCUAAACAGGACAUGGGAAUAGGAACGCCCCGCCCAAGUAAUAAUUCCGGAAAGGGCAAAAUAUCCCCGUGUCCUAAUUCCAACAAGAACUCUAAUAUGCAACUGAACCGUUGCCCUUAUUUCGACCCUAAGCCUUAACUCUCUAGUUCGCACCUUAAUCCUAGACUUAAUCCGGACUUACCUUACAGUUAACUUUACAUCUAAACUUAAACCCAGUCAUUGACCUAACUCUAGCCUUAUAUCUACCUCCAGUUUCACUGGAAGUUGGCUCAAAGCCACCUCUAUUGCAGGCGGUUCCUAAUCCCAUGUCCUGUUUAGGGGGCUGCAUAUGUCAGUCCUUCCGUUGAGACCUAUGCCCGGGUAGACUUCGGAACUGGAUGACGUAUGUCCGCCGACAGUACUUAGGCUACCUUUUGGCUCUAACCGAAUGGAAUAGGUCUAGUCUGUAAGCUCCUUCCUGUUAGUUUGCUGAGUCGCCCUUUUCUUAAUGCAAGUGAGCGGCCCAAUUUGAUAUUUCUCUCCCUUUUGUCGUUGCUACCUGUGCAGUCGGCCGUCAAAAUGGCCUUUCUUUUCUCCAUUCCAGCUUCACGCAUUGCAUACGAAGGGAUCCAUUGGCAGGAUCACAGUGCAACACUUCUCAGGAAUGGAUAACUUCCACAUCCACUUCCCCGUUGACCUGGAUAUGCGAAUGAAGGCGCUCACUAUAGGCGCUGCUGUCCUUCUGGUACGUACAAAGGAGUGUCGCUUCAGAAUUUAAUCAGCAGUUCACAUUUUGGUCGGUAGAGUAAUAGAAGUCGCGUUGUAGACCUCAAUGACAUCAGGAAGCUACGCCACCUUGGUGUGCCGAAAGUCGACUACUGAGAAAAUGCUAGUGGUCUUUAAGUCAAAGGUCCUACAAGUUAGGUCAAACCGCGACUUUUUUCUACCGACAACAACGAGCGAAGCUGGAAUCGUCCCCCAGCUCUAUCUCAAGCCCAGACCAUAUAGCUUUAAGAUCUGAACCCGAGAUCAGUCGGCUAUUGAAAUUGAUGCUGUUGCAGCUGGGUCGUGGAUCCAGAACCUACUGGCUGUGACUACUGCGUCCAACGUCUGCGACUAUUUCAGGCAGUGGGUUCGAGUGACAAUUCCGGAUGUCAGGCUAAUAAUCGUCUUGCUAUAGCACUCACGCCGCCCUCCCCUCGACUACUUUUUGCAGCUUGCCUUUUCGUUCCUAUCGGCCAUAGGCGUGGUUUUGGGUCGCGCCAUUUCCCCAUCUUUUUACAUUCUUAAACGAUCAAUAUCGUCUUCCUGUGUCUUAAUGACACCUGCCACCUACUCCCCCGGUCUCUUCACGCUGAAUCUCACUGAAGAGUGGAAAAUGCCAUCUUAGAUUUGGCGCUCUAUUCCACUCAACCGUUUAUCAAGCCUUUUUCUUGCUCGUGCCUGCUGCUCUCUCAUUUUGUCCUCGUGUUAAAAAGGGUAGUAUUCAUCUGGCCCAUUUGAGAAAAACUCGGCGUGAUUCAACUCACGGCUCCCGGUAGGAGUCCCGUAACCUGGGUGGUUGGAGCGUUGACUGUACACACGCUGCGCACUUUCAGUCGUGAGUCCGAACCGCACCGAGGCCGCCCAGACGUCAGACGAAUUAUGCAAAUUUAUCAAAAAGGCGUAGUUAUGUCUUGUAUUAAACACCGGAGAAGACUGAUCUCUCCUCUCUCUCCCAGCGCAGAGGGACCUAUUCGAAGAUUUCCGUCCACAGCUAGUGAGAUUGUUACAAUGGCAGGCGUCGCGUAUGGGCCUCCGUCAACGUGUGCCUUCGGUCACAUACGUCAAUAGUUAAGAGCCCACUCAGACUUAUCACGACUCGACAGAGUCAUGUCAUGAACGUCACUGCUGAUCCCCUUCUGGCUCUGCGCAACAAUUUCCAUUUUGGGUGGCGUUUUGCGCAGCUAUGAAGCGGUCCGAUCAAAGGUUUCCUCCUUUGUGCUCUGUCACGGUACAGUAGGUGGGCUAACUCAUGAAAUGUCAACCGAAAUUCCGAAAUGCGUUUUCGUUUUGAAAAGAUUAAUUAAGUAGGGUUGUAAAACCAGUCAGCCUGCAGCAUAAUUCUAUAAUAUUUCAGCUACCUCAGGGCGUCGGCUUUCGGCUCAACUUCCUUCCGGCUGCAUGCAAAAACCAGACUGUAAAAAAUGACUACUUGAAUAGCAUACAUUUUUCUCAUUGAUUUUCGAUGCCUUUAAACGUUUAAUUAUAUUUCAUGGAAAAAAUGCCUAAAAAUAUUCAUCAUUUCGCUCAUUCGGUAAAAAAUUAUGUCUUCGUCCAAUCUUAUACUCGAAGAAACGGUAAAACUUCGGUUUUCAAAAACUUUUCCAAUUCCCGAAUAAUUUUGAACCCGUUCUACCGUUACAUUUGGAUUCAGGGUUUUAAAACUACAAGCCGUAUAUUUUCCGCGUACGGAAAACCACACAUUUCUCUACGGUUCUAAAUUGCGACCAUAAACUGUUCAUAAAAUUAGGCAAUAGAUUUGAUUCAUAUUGUUAACUUCACAAGCCACAUUGGUAAAUGCAGAGAUAUGACAAUUUAUGAAAUGCCAUUUCACGGUAUUAAAAAGUCCCACAAUUAAAAAACUUUUUUAAAACCGAAUUAUGUCCCUCCUUCGAAUAUAAAGUUAGAAGGAGACGUAAUUAUCUACCGAAUGAGCAACAGAACGAGUACUUUUAUUCAUGUUUUCCAUGAAAUAUAAGUAAACGCUUAGAGGCAUCGAAAAUCACUGAGAAAAGUGCAUGCUAUUCAAGUAGUCAUUUUUACAUAGUCUGGUUUUUGCAGGCAGCCGGAAGGAAAUUCAUUCGAAAGCCGGCAUCCUGAGGUAACUGAAAUAUUAUAGAGUUAUGCUGCAGGCUGACUGGCUUUACAACCCUACUUGAUUAAUCUUUUCAAAACGAAAACGCAUUUCGGAAUUUCGGUUGACAUUUCAUGAGUUAGCCCACCUACUGUAUGUGACGAUUUCCUAUCGAAAUAUCACAAUACCGACAGCAGGCCUUUUGUGGACUCCUGGGGUCAUUGGUCUACUUCCGCGUUCCGGUAGCACUUGCUGCUGAUCCGCGACUCCCUACGUCGUGGACCUGAGAACGUGCUUAUUUCUCGGCUAGCCCUCACUGAUAGCCAUUCCACCACCUGUGGAUGCGUCGGACAGCCCUCAAAAGGGCAAGCUGACGCAUUCCUUUUCCACCGCUGUGUAAGUACGUUAUGUAAGGUUGGAAAAAGCGGUAUCCGUAAACUUAGCUUGAAAACACGUAACUAACUGGCGGAGUGUGGGUGAGAAUCGACCUUUCACUACACUAUUCCAACGAAGACAUGUCAGGAAGCUGAUCCUAACUUCGUCAGUGCUUUGCAGCAAGCUUGUUAUUGUCUUUUUACUGCAGAGAGAUUCUUGGUCCUUCAACCAAGUUUUCAAAACCCUAAGCAGUCUUUGUUUGGCGUAGUAUCAGACUGUUAUUCUGCCUGUUCUUGAUUUGUGAAUGUUGAACAACCCUGAAUCGACCUUUCCUUUGCCUUUAACUUCAGGACUGCGUGUACACCUGA